UGAACUUUGACAAAAAUGGAGUUGAAACACAUUCUUAUCCUCGCAGCCAUCUAUAUCUUUUUCCGCGUCCUCAAGAGCCGUGCCUCUGACCCCGCUGCCACCAUGCCCCACGGAAAAGUUGUCGAGGUUGACAACCCUGUCAUCUUCAAGGCCCUCACCUCCUCCGGUCCCGUCGUCAUCGACUUCUUCGCGACCUGGUGCGGUCCCUGCAAGGCCGUCGCCCCCGUCGUCGGAAAGCUCAGCGAAACCUACACCAACGUGCGCUUCCUCCAGGUAAACGUCGAUAAGAACCGUCAGGUUGCACAAGAGAUGAACGUGAGAGCCAUGCCGACAUUCGUUGUAUUCAAGGAUGGCAAGCCCUAUGGAGAGCCGAUCGUGGGUGCAAACAUGAAGGCCCUGGAGGAUAGAAUCAAGGAGAUCGCGGCAUAAAUGUUGCAUUGGGAGAUAGAUCCAUGACAGCGUUGACGGAUAAAGCACAUUUCGUGCCGGAGGAAAUCGCAAUUAUUACAAAUGGUUGAUAUACCGAUGUACCAUAUACAGUCCAGCGCCAUCGAGAAUUGCAAAGAUACCCCGUUCGGUCAUGUUUGGCAUGCAUGUCACCCCAUAAUAUCUGUAUUAUAUAUAUAUAUAUUUUUUUUCAUAAUUGCCGGCGUACCUCUUUGCGCCGUUUCCUCUUUAACUGCACAAUAUGAC